AAUACUCCAGGACCCGCCCAUGUAGCCCCCCUGGACCACCCACAGAUAAAAACCUGGAAUAUGAAAGUAUCAGAGUGAACUGGGACAUUCCUACCAUGGUGGGAGAUGAUGUUGAAGUCAUAGGCUAUGAGACUGACUACAGAGAGUGUGCGAAGUCUGUUGACAAUAAAAUGUGGCACACCAUCAAAACCACCACCAGAGAGUGCACACUGGAAGGUCUAAAGCCUGAAACUGCAUACAGUGUCAGAGUCUCUGCUAACUGUGGCGAAGCAGGGAAGAGUCUACCCAGUCCUGAGGCAGUGCUGACUACCAUCAGGGCUUCUGACGCCCAACCGAAGAGGAGCCAAUCAACAGGAGCAAGAAGUGAGGAAUUUCUGAAGAAAUCAGAGAAGGUUAAGAAAGGCAACCCGUCAAUCUAUAGGCUGAAUCUGGAACAGAAGUUGGAUGUAAUGGACCGUUUUGAACAGUACACAUUUGGAGGGAAAGUUGAGAAAGGGAAUAACAAGGUAAUCCUGCUUCUGGGGUCCACAGGUGCAGGAAAAACCACUCUGGUCAAUGUCAUGAUCAACUACAUUCUCGGGGUGAAGUGGGAAGAUCACUACCGCUUUAAGCUCAUCCAUGAGGUGACCAACAGGUCACAGGCUGAGAGCCAGACAUCAAUCGUAACAUCAUACGAGCUCUACAACCAGCCAGGCUUUCAGAUUCCGUAUUCUCUGACCAUUAUUGACACACCAGGGUUCGGAGACACUAGAGGAAUGGCACAUGAUAAACUAAUCACACAGCAAGUCAAGGAAUUCUUGUGUAAUCCUUUAGGGAUUGAUCACAUUGAUGCAGUCUGCUUUGUAGUGCAGGCAUCCCUUGCUCGUCUCAGUGCCAAUCAGAAAUACAUAUUUGACUCCAUCCUGUCAAUUUUUGGAAAGGACAUUGCUGAUAACAUCCUGAUGCUUGUGACGUUUGCUGAUGGGAAGGACAUACCUGUGCUGGAGGCCAUCCAAGCUGCGGACCUUCCCUGUAAAAAAAAUAAUAAGGGACUCCCAACCCAUUUCAAAUUCAACAAUUCAGUUCUGCUCUCUCAGAAAAUAGAAGAAGACAUAAUCUCUGAAGGAGAUGGUUCAGAGGAUGAUAAUGAGGAAGGACUAGAGAAGAUUGUCUGGAGGUCAACUUUUAAGCAGAUGAAAGCUUUCUUCAAAGCCUUGGAAAGCAAUGAGAGCAAAGAUCUAACAAUGACCAAGAAAGUGUUGGAAGAACGUGAGCGUUUGGAGAAGGCCAUGACACGAUUGACCCCUCAGAUCACAGCAGGUUUGUCAAAGCUGAAUGAGAUCAAAAUGUUCGAACAGUGCCUGCAGAACGAGGACGAGAACAUGAAACAGAACCAAGACUUUGAGACAGAGGUAGAGGUUCUAGUUGCGAAGAGAACCAAAUUAAGUUGUUUUGCUACAAACUGCAUUGUUUGCAAGUUCACAUGCCACACCAGCUGCUUUCUGCCUAACGAGGAUGACACCAAAAAAUGUGCCGUGAUGGAUGGUUAUGGUAACUGUGUCAUGUGUCCAGGAAACUGCUCUUACCUUAACCACGACAAGGAAAAAGCCUUAUGGACAUAUGAAACUAAGACAGAGAAAAAGACCAUUAAAGAGUUGAAGGACAACUUCAUGAAGGCACAGGGCAAGUUUAUGAACAACAAGCAGAUGCUGGAGAAGAUUGAAGAUGAGUACAUUGUAAUCGAGGACAAGCUGAAAUACUUGAUCAAGCUGUCCUCCAAUUGUCUUAAGAGGCUGAAUGAGAUUGCACUGAAGCCAAGCUCUCUCUCCACUGUGGAGUACAUCGAGAUACUCAUUCGCACAGAAGAGGACCAACGCAAGCCAGGCUUCGAAGAUCGCAUCGUAGGGUUGAAGAAAAUGAAAUAUGAGUCUGAGCUUCUAGAGAAGAUGGCAAGAGGAGAGGAACUACUCCCCGAUGAGCGACGCAAGGUUAAGGAGAAACAAGACAGACUGCAGAAGAUCACAAAAAGACUCAACCAAAUGCAGAAAGUAGUCAGAGAUUGGCCAGGGAAGAAGUAGGCCUAACUCAAUGUCAAAGUCCAUGAUCUCACCCUGCUUCCGACCAAGUGGCACGCUCGGUGGCUUGCGCUAAUCAAGUGAAUGCAUCAUAAUGCAGUUAAAUUUGUGGUAUUAAAUCAGAUAUAUCUCUAGACCCAGUCAAUUGUCAGCUUACUGGGGUUGAUUGCAAUGCUUUGUAUUAAAACAAGCAUCACGUAAACUCUCAGUUGACACAUUUUCAACAUUAAGUGAGUAAACUUGUGCGAGCCAGAAUGGCCCACAGAACAGGAGCCUGCCUCCUGUUUCUGUAGCGUGAGGCAGCUUGAUGUACAAACACACCCCCUGGACAGCUAGUCUAUCACAUGUUCUACAUUAGUUCAUCUAAAU